AUGGGCGAGCACUCAGCAAUCUGGCAAAGCUAUGUCGACUCCAGCCUGAUGGGCUCGGGCCAAUUCGACAAGGCUGGUAUUCUCGCCGCUGACUUCUCCGGUGUUGAGGCUGCCUCUCCCGGCUUCGCGCUUUCCCAGGAGGAGAUUAACUCCCUGAUCACCGCCUACACUUCUAGCGACAAGGCUUUCGCUAAUGGCUUCUCUGUCUGCGGUGAGAAGUUCGUCACCAUCCGUGCUGACGAGCGCAGUGUAUACGGCAAGAAGGGUAAGGAGGGUGUCAUUGUUGCCCGUGCCUCCUCUUGCACCAUCAUUGCCCACCACAGCGAGGCCGUUCAAACCACCAACGCCGCGACCGUGGUCGAGAACCUCGUCGACUACCUCAACAACCCCCGGUAA